AUGUCGCCAACAGCCCGUGCAGAAGAUGCCUCAACAGCAGUUCCAAAGUACAUUCUCUGGCCAUACACACCGAGUAUCGUCGCAGGCGCCAUUGCCACCGCUGUCAUGCUCACCUUGUUUCUAAUCCACACGGCCCGUCUGUUCAGGAGCAAAACGUGGUUCUGCAUCCCGUUUGUGCUCGGUGCGCUGUUCGAAACCACAGGCUACGCCGCACGCAUAGCAGCGCAUCACAACACAACCUCGCUUGCACCGUAUAUUCUCCAAUCGACGCUCAUCCUGCUUGCGCCCAUCCUCUUCGCAGCCUCCAUCUACAUGGUUCUCGGGCGCCUGAUUCAGCGCACGGAUUCAGCUGGGUAUGCGCUGGUGCGAGUGACGUGGUUGACGAAGUUGUUUGUCGGGGGCGAUGUCGUGUGUUUCCUCAUCCAAGGUGGCGGCGCAGGCCUGCUUGCCGGCGCCACCACCGCAUCUGGGUUCCAACGCGGCGAGACGCUGAUUCUGGGGGGCCUUGUACUGCAGAUUAUUGUCUUUGGCUUCUUCGUCGCCGUCGCGGCCACGUGGCACUGCAGGUUGCGUGCGAGGCCUACACUGCGCUCGGGCGAAGUGCCCUGGGAGGUCAUGAUGGGGCUGCUGUAUAUGGCGAGUGUGUGUGUAAUAUUGAGAAAGAAAUUCUUGUGUAGUUUAGGUACACGAGUUGAGCAGUAUGGCUUUGAAAUGUUGCUGUUGGUUACAAGUGUUGUAUUGCUGUGCUUGGUGGACUUGAUGGCCUGA